UAGUGUCUAAUUUAAAUCUCAAAAAUUAAAUUAUAUUCUUCUUAGAUUAUCCUAUAUACUACUAAUGUUGGACACUAUAGUUAACUCAGCAUUUUGCAUCAAUAUCACUAUCAUGACCUCUUAACUUUCUUUGUUUUCACCUCCUCUUCACAAUAAAAAGUCCAAAAAAUCGAAAACUAAGUCGAUUUUAAUAUCUAUUACAUGAAAUGGAGCUUUGGAAAUCAGUUUUGUUUCUAAAUUCUGUUUUACUACUAGUAUUAUUUUUUGGUUUCGUGAGUUGUCAGGUUUCAAUUCCAUCAAAGCAAGACGGAUUUUGGUACGAAAACAGAAAUGCCAAAACAGAUUCGAUAUUAAUCGAGGCAUUUUUUGAUCCAGUUUGUCCUGAUAGUAGAGAUUCCUGGCCUCCUCUUAAACAAGCUCUUCAACACUAUGGUCCUCAUGUCUCCCUCGUUGUUCAUCCCUUCCCUUUACCGUAUCAUGACAAUGCAUUUAUUUCAUCGCGAGCGUUGCACAUUAUCGAUAAGUUGGAUGCUUCUGCUACAUACAGAUUAUUGGAAUCUUUCUUUGAUCAACAGGACAAGUUUUAUGGAAAAGCAACUUUCAACUUGUCCAAAGCAUCUGUUGUAGAUGAAAUUGCAAAGUUUACAUCCAAUGCAAUUGGGAAUUCGAAUUACGCUGCUAUAAAGGCUGGAUUUACUGAUCCCAAAACUGAUCAUGCAACAAGAAUUUCCUUCAAGUAUGGUUGUGUGAAAGGCGUAUAUGGUACGCCUUUUUUCUUCGUAAAUGGAUUUCCUCUGCCUGAUGCUGGCUCAGCAUUGGACUACAAAGGAUGGAGAAAAAUCAUUGAUCCAUUGUUUUCACCAGCAGGACAAUGGAAGAACUAGACAAUUUGCAUUUCUUGUGAAUUGUUGGAUCUUUAAGUACUUAGUUGUAUCUGUAUUCUCUUUCACUUGAAUACUGAGCUAGAGAUAUAGUGACAACUUUUAUCUCAUGAUUACAGAUAUAGUGACAAUAAUUUAUUGCUUCUA